AUGGACGGCUUACUACGAACACUAACACGCUCCCGCAACACCGCGCCGUCCCCGAGCCGUGGCAGCCGCAACCGAAACCGAUACGGCGACAACCACAACGGAAGCGGCGGCGGGGGAGGAAACCACCACGGCCAGAUCGAGAUUAUCCUCGAGGCCCUUGCGCGGGGACUGGUUGAAUAUGCCGUGCAAAAGUACAUGAAGAAACUCAGCGGCGGCGAUGAUGACAAGGGAGGACAACACCACGACGACCGACGUCUCAGCACCCGAGGUAACAGCAAUCACGACGGCGACGAGCGCGCUAGGGGCGGCGUUCCGAACAUGGACAUGGAGAUGCUGGAGCACUUGGGCAAGAACAUCCUCUCCAAGGCUAUGGACCGCUUUGGCGGCGGUGGCGGCGGAGGCGAAGAAGAUGAUCGUGAGGAGGUGAGAGCGAACGCAAAGGGACGCGGUCGCGGGAGGGAGAGGGGGUACAGCCGGGACCGGUCUAGCCGCUCGCACGAACGCUCCCAAGAACGCUCACAGCAACGCUCCCACAGACGAAGCCGCCACCACGGCGGCGACGACAGCGGCGGCGGCAGCGGUAGCAAGGACGGAGACCGUGAGCGGAGGCGACGGCAUAGCCCCAGGGACGGGUAUUCUUCGCCCUCGAGGCACCAUCGUGACGAUGGCUACCGUCGCAGACGCAGGCAUGGGACCGACUACGCCCCGCUGGUUGAUAGCCUAGAGACUUUGUCCAACACCAUCAUCUCCUUGAACGAGCGGCAGCCCGGCCACGCCGACUGCGAGUUUUACGAAGCGUUUGUGGAGCGGUCGGAGAAGACGCAGGAGGCGAUCGGGACGGUGCUUGUGCAGCUCCGUGAGAGGGAGGAGAGGAGACAGGAGAGGCGUGGUCGGCGAAGGAGCUGA